AUGGAACCGACUACCAAAAAAAGGAAGUUGGCUCCAAAGGUCAACGCUUCGCCCGCCCCCAAUCCUCAGCCUGCUCUACCUGGUACGGCUACGGCUGCUGCUACUGCCGCUGGUGCUGCUGGUGCUGUCGCCGGGACUGCUGCUACAGCUGCUUCCCAGUAUGCCCAUGAACCAUCGUUAUCCCAGAAUCAGCUCUAUCCGACCCAUGAUGCGCCGCUUUCCGAACGACAGGACUUCGAGUCCUUCGCCCGACACCUGCAGGACGCCGCGAUGCUGAUUCAACGCCAAACGGAACGACCGCCUUACGAAGAUGUUUCUGUAUUGCUGUUGAGCUGGGAGGAGGAUCGAUCUGUGGAUGACGACGUAGCCGCCUUGGACCAAUUACUGCAAAAUAAAUACAACUAUACUACGCAACGAUGGCAGAUUCCCACCGUACCAAAUCCCAGCAUCAAGCUCGGUGUGCAAAUGGCGUCAUUUCUAGAAAACGCCAGGCCGAACCACUUGUUGAUAAUAUACUAUGCUGGGUAUGGCUAUCUUGGCGCCGAUGGCCACAUGUACUGGGCAUGCAAUCCCCGGGAAGAUGCCGCCAAGCUCAAGUGGGACGGCGUGAGAUGCUUGUUCGAAGAUGCGCAAUCCGAUAUCCUCCUGUUGCUGGACAGCUGCGCCAUACCUGAUCCGUUGACAGCAGGCAGUCAUGGAAUAAAGCAAGGCAUUGCCGCUUUUACUCCGGAACAUGGUCCACGAGAAAUGGGUGGUAAUUCAUUCACAGCCAAUCUGAUUGAAGCUCUACAAAAGCUGCAUACCGGACGCCCAUUCAGCAUCAAUCGGCUCCAUGAGGAGCUAGUGUCACAAAAACAGUUUCAAAAUGCCCAAGCUGCCAGGCCUUCCAACAGCACACCCAGCGUCGCCGCUGUCCCAGCCAAAUUGCCACUGGCCUUCACUCUGACACCUGGUAAAAGCCAGCAACUUAGUUUGGGGCCUUUGCAGUCUCGACUCACCGGGCCCAAACAAAACGGCGGUGAACCAGCCGAAGGCCAGAGCCUCCGAGGACGCGAGGAGCAUCUGAUUGACCCCGAGUCCGUGGCCGAUAUUCGAUUUGACGAGGCUCGGAUACUAGUUUGCACGACGUUUGUUGGCGAUGCUAGCCCGGACAUGUCUUUUUUCAAUCAAUGGCUUCAAAACACCCCUCCUCUCGGGUCCAAGAUUGCGGUGGAGGGAAUGUUUCUUGGGCCUCCCACCAUGCUCCUCAUCUCCAUGCCACAUUCCAUAUGGAAUGUUGUCCAGCACGACAAAGUUUGUUGCUUCCUAGGAUAUAUCAGCUCCCACAACAUGCUCCAUCUAUAUGAAAGAUUGGUUGGGCCGGCCGGUGUUAGACCCUCCGCGAAGGAGGUGGAGGAUGGCAAAAUAUUGCUGGAGGCGAGAGAACUCGCAGCCGGUACGCCUGCAAGGCCAGCAAAUCGGGACGGCGAACACCACGAACUCCUCUACCACUCAGCUGCCUCCCGGGACCGUGCUGAAUUACUGCUACAUAGCAGCCCCUCCCGGCCAGCCUUGGUCGGCCCCGGUGGGCAGAAGACAAAAGACGAUGUGGAGGACUCGGCGGAAAUGCAAGAAGCAGCGGAGCAACUCAAGGCACUCAGCCAUGUGCGCCAUCGAAGCGAUGAAGCUGUUCCAGUGGCUGAAAGGACGCGGACCAACUUACCUGAUGGCUUGUCCAGCGACAAAACUCGACUACCCCGAGAGCCAAGCGAUGUAGGGGGCGAUGAAACCGCCAUGAUGGUUGAUGCGAAGAUGACACCGAAUUCAAAGACCAAGGUGCCACGGCGGUCGGUUUUCAAGCAAGAGUACCGAUGCAGCCACUGCAGUCAUGCGCCGUUCAAGGACUCGUCAUCGCUUCGCAAACAUGUCGCUGCCGCCCAUACACGGCCGUUUCCCUGCGCAUUCUCAUUUGCCGGCUGCACCAGCACGUUUGGGUCAAAGAACGAAUGGAAGCGGCAUAUUGCCUCUCAACAUCUCUGUCUGCAAUAUUACCGCUGCUCGGCCUGCCCGCAGAGUGCGGUGGAGGGUAAAGGCAAUGAAUUCAACAGAAAGGAUCUUUUCACCCAACAUUUGCGGCGAAUGCAUGCACCGUUCCAAAUUAAACGAGCGAUAACACAUGGAGACGGACAGUUGCAAUCGGAUUGGGAUGCUCAUGUCAAGGAUAUGCAACAGUCGUGCCUCGUGACGCGGCGGAAACCACCACAGCGAGCAGCAUGUCCCAAACCAGAUUGCCGAAAGGACUUUGACGGUCUAAAUGCUUGGGAUGAAUGGACGGAGCACGUGGGACGCCAUAUGGAAAAGGGAGAAGGUCCAGUACUUGGGGCUGAUGGGUUACUGGUACAAUGGGCUCUGGAUGAAGGAAUUAUUGAACCAAAGAGCGAUGGGGAGUAUCGACUUUGUGCUACCAACGGUCUGCUGGGGUCAUCACAGAACAGUUCCGGACCGAUGCUAGAUCGUAAGGACUCGAUGAUGAUGUCGUUCACCGACUCCUCGCAGCUGGAGGAUACUCCCAUGGUGGAUGCGAAGCCAAGCGACAGCGAGGUUGACACCAGCCAAGCAACCAUAGCAUAG